GAAGCAUGAGGAUCUACACGGAUGCAUGAGGCACAUCAAUCGUUUGGGAGGAACACGAAUGUUUUCAAGGAUCGUUGAGAAUUAUCAUCACGACGGAAGUGUAGCGUUGAAUAUUAAGAUGAUCGCCAUCUUCAUUUCGUAUCUAAUGAUAAGUUAUCAGGCAAACAUAAUCAAUGGAGGACGUUUAAAUGUUUCGUCGACCCGGCGUGUGACUGCCUUGCUUGGCAAAAACGCCACACUCGUGUGCCAAUGGCUACAGGACACUGCUUGUACAACAACAACAACAACAACAACAACAACUUCAUGGUUGGGUUUCGCCGUCUCUGAUGAUAAUUGCACAGACAACGAAAUUCUGCGAAAAUGCACAGAGCCUUCACAUCAAACACUCGAACACAAGAGUUGCAACUGGACAAUCAUGGGUGCCCAGUUGAAAGAUGGUGGCAAGUACAAGUGUCAAGUGGUGUCAUGUUUAUCAAACGGUGAGGCCGUCUCAGAACUUAUAGUUAAUGUUCCCCCAACCGCCAUGGUUCUAUCAAACCAAACUCACAACUUUACGGAAACCGACAACGUCACAAUUGUCUACCCUGGGCCAUACCGUCUAAACUGCUCAGUCUACGGCUCCAAACCAGCGGCUGAGAUACGCUGGAUCCUGAAUGGCCGAAGCUUAACGGAGAAAGUGACUAAUGCGACCAUCAAUAGUGGGGAAAUGGGUCUAUGGAAUACUCACAGUCAGUUGACGGGAAUUGACGGUGGGUCCCUGGUCUGUUUGGCAAGCUUCCCUGCUGGCUCUGCCAUACCGUCACAACAACGUCAGCUACACAUACAAGGUGAUUUGCACAUUGAACAAGCAUUGGCAAGUACACAUACGUCAUCUGAUACUACAGGUAGCAGCUAUACACACGUGACUACGCUCUCAACAUCCAAGCCUGCGACGAUGGGUGACGUGACUGAUGCAAAAUACACAAUUGUGCCAAUUUCGGUUUCUGCAUGUUUCGUAGCAAUUGCAGCCGUGCUGUUGGUCACUCUUGUUGUAGUUUACCGAAAGAGAAAGAAGAAGAAAGGUCGUAGAAGACUUCCUUCGCAGCGAAUCAGACCGACUGAUCCUACUCGAAUCAACACACAGAUCCCGACGGUAGUGGGCGCUGUUUUCAACCAAAGUGCAGGAGAGAAUGACUACCAAGAACGCGGUGACGUCAUCACCGAUCAUGCGCCUGAGAUCCCCGCUAGGGCGCCCCCACCUCUACCGAGUCAGGAAUCGGUGAGUGCGGUCCUUGGAGCCCAUCCCAGGCUUGUGCGGCAGUAUGGUCACCAAGUUUUGUUCGACAACUUUACUCCCGUGAACAGCGCCACCAACAACGUGGAAAUGAAGGCGACUGUUUUAAGUGACGUUCGGAGUCACUCGGCGGAGCUCGUGUACGCCGAUCUUGCGCUAAACCAUCGGGCCGAUGUGAACCCGACCGUCCAACGAAGUGCCGAAGAGCCGACAGUCUACGCACGAUUCAACUUCAAUGAGCAGGGCGACUUCCAGGUAUCUUCAGACGAGGGCGGAGAUGGCGCCCCUCCACCGGUGCCCCCGAGGAUGGUGAGAUGGCCGUCACCCCCUCCGGAAGAUCAAUGGCAGCCAGGUCACAUGCCCACAGAGGGCGAGGACAUGCCUUUUUAUCUAGAAGAAUGCGUUUAAACUAUAACAAAGCCCAAUUUCAUAAAAGCUGUUUAAAAAUUCUGCUUGAAAAUUAAAUGCUUUGCUAAGCAAAAAAUGAGUGGGAUACCAGUCAAAACAAUGUAAACUUACUGUAAUUUUGGCUGGUAACCUGUUUUUGGUAAGCAAUACAUUUCUGUGCUCAACACAUUUACGAAUUGGGCCCAGGUUUCAUUGCCGCGCCCGUACAUGACGACCUAUGUUAUGUUUUCUGAAAGCGCCAUUAUCGUACCUUGUACAAUUUGUUCAAAGAGUGUCAUCAAUCGUCUUUAUGCACCAAUUAUACCUUUUUCUACAAGAGGGCAUGACCACUCAAGAAAUACGUUUGACUUUGGGAUGUACAAAGCAGCACAAAUCUGCAAGAUUCAUUUUUUGUUGAACAUUAUAAGACUGCUUUGUUUAUUUGUGAAACACAAUUUCGUAAUUUAAAAAAAGAAUGUAGUUUUAGGUUCGAAAUGCAAACACAACGAGCGGGCCCCCUAAGAGGAAUAACAUUAUUUUCCAGAAAUAUUGACAAUAGCUCUUUACGAUUCUGACCCAAGAUCAUUGUAAAUAUUAUUUGUUAUUACCAGUUUUAAUCUAAGCUAGUAUAAAUAUCAAUAGCAAAUUGCUGGCUGUAUAAAAACAAAUGCUACAGUUAGACUUAGUUUAACGUAAAUCAAACUCAUUAUAGGUCUUAUAAAGAUGAUACAUUUUUUUGGUUUUCAAGAAACUUAAAUGUAUAAUCCCUUGUCGUUUAAAUUACUCGGCAUGAAAUCAGUAUAAUUACCAAUCCUACAUGACUAAUACACAUGGUUGUACCCGCAAGUGUACUAUAUAUUAUUAAUAGCUUCUUCCAAUUAAUUUUUUGUCCAGACCAUGCAAAGCUUCAAACAACUUACUAAGAAACAAACCGGUUCCGGGUUUUGAGAUUAAAGACACUGGACACUAUUGAUAAUUGUCAAAGAACAGUCUUAUCACUUACUAUAUAUCAACAAAA